AUGAGAAUUGCCGGUUUGCUACUCCAGAUUAGUGUACUGCUAGUUGUGACCCCAUUCGCAAGUGCAUUCUAUUAUUAUAGCAACGGCGGGGAACGUAAGUGCUUUAACAAAGAACUUGUGCAGGGUACUCUUUUGCACGGAAAAUAUAAUGUUCAAUCGUAUGAUGACAACCUCAAAACUUACAGAACACCUUCUGGCGACGAAAUUUCAGUCAUUGUGGAUGUAGAAGAAGUUUUUGAUGAUAACCACAGAGUUAUGAAUCAGAAGAGGGCUGCUCAGGGCGAAUUUACAUUUAACGCUCUUGACUCUGGCGAGCACAAGAUUUGUAUACAGCCGCAAUCCCAGGGUUGGUUAGCAAAGGUCAAGACAAAGGUCGAAAUCGAGUUUGAGACUGGCUCCGACUCUCACCUAGACUCGAAAGGCUCGGAAGCCAUGAAAUCCUUGCAAAGCAAGAUCCAAGUGCUGAAUGAGCGAGUGAUGGAAAUCAAAAGAGAACAAGAUCUUGUAAGAGAGCGCGAGGCUAUGUUCAGAGAUGCUUCUGAAUCGGCCAACUCUCGGGCUAUGUGGUGGACCGUGUUCCAAGUUAUCGUUCUAGGUGGCACAUGUGCGUGGCAACUAAGACACUUGCGUACCUUCUUUGUCAAGCAGAAAAUUCUUUAA